GCAUCCUCGCUGCCGAAGGACCGCGCUCUAACGGUACCUUUCCUUCCAUUGUUUGAGACGUACCGACGCAAAGCUGGCUUCCUAUAGUGCUGUAGUUGGGCGCUCCAAGAUGGGGAAGGAUCCUAGGAAGCCGAAAGGCAGGAUGUCCUCAUAUGCCUACUUCGUGCAAACAUGCCGUGAGGAGCACAAGAAGAAACAUCCUGAAGCCUCUGUCAACUUUGCAGAGUUUUCUAAGAAAUGCUCCGAGCGAUGGAAGACAAUGUCACAGAAAGAGAAAGGCAAGUUUGAAGAUAUGGCCAAACUGGACAAGGUGCGUUAUGAGAGGGACAUGCAAAAUUACGAUCCCCCCAAGGGCCAGAAGAAGAAACGCUACAAGGACCCCAAUGCCCCCAAGAGACCACCGUCUGCAUUCUUCAUAUUCUGUGCAGACUUUCGUCCACAGGUCAAAAGUGAGCACCCUGGUCUGACCAUUGGGGACACAGCCAAGAAGCUGGGAGAGAUGUGGAAUGGCUUAUCUGCAGAGAACAAGCAGCCAUAUGAGAGGAAGGCGGCCAAGUUGAAGGAGAAGUAUGACAAGGAUAUCGUUGCUUAUCGCACAAAAGGCACAGUUGAUUCAGCCUCUGCUGCUACAGCAGAUGACAAUAACGAAGCUGAGGACGAAGAUGAGGAUGAUGACGACGAGUAAACUGCAUAUGGAUGGGAGUUUUGUUUAUGCCAUAUAAUUCUAAUAUACUCAAUUCACCAUCUUGAAACAUAAAGACUGAGCAAGAAACUGUAUAUUUAAUGUUUCUAAGAUGUACAGUGUUAUUCUCAUUUUUCUUUGUAAAGUUAACACUACAUAUCUUAAUUUUGAGAUGUUCUAGUGGUAGUCCUUUAUUCCCUGCCAUACUGUGUAACAAUUUAGGACAAAAAAAUCGGUCUGAACGUGACUAGUAUUUAGGUGUUAAAACUCAAAAAUUAGAUUUCUGAGUUUGUGUAUUUUUCUUUAUUUUCAGAAAAAUAUUUUUUUAUGUGCUGUCCCAGUGUCUUUUUAUUGUUCUUUGAAUACCACUCUAAUAUCAAACACAGCUGUUGACAUUCAAGAAUGUCUUAAAUAAAGGUCGUUUUUUUAA